AUGUCAUUGGCUAUGGGCGUCAUUGCUCAUAUCGUACUUCUGCUUACGAUGAUAUCCAAACGUGAUCCGGUCAAGGGAUUUAUCGUGACCGUACUAUGCUGGUGUGCCUCAGCGAUUACACUACUUAGUGUCAUUGGUGUUAUAGCUGGUCGCGACCUAACGGUGCAACCUCAGCAGACGCUGAGAUAUACGCAAAGCUUUUUCUAUGGGACAUUCGCGGCGGGCCUCUACUUAGUGAUUGCUGUGUUGUUGGCAGCAUACGCUGGCAAUGUGCGCUCAGUACAUCUCACCCACGAGGAACGGCGAACUAUAGAAUGCACGAGAAUUAUCUUGCGAGUGACGGCUUUCGGAGCCUUUCUGCUCGGGGGUGCUGCUGUCUACACGGCCAUUGAAGGGUGGAGUCUUAUGGAUGCAUUGUACUGGGCCGACUUUACCCUUCUAACCGUCGGUAUUGGAAACAUAGCUCCCAAAACUCACCUUGGGCGAAGCUUACUUUUCCCAUACGUCUUUGCGGGGCUUAUGAAUGCGGGCCUAGUCAUCAGCGCAAUAAGUUCAUUCACCGAAAGCAUGAAGGAGCUGGGCAUCAGGUUCAGGAUUGCUGAACUGCGCCGUGAUAUGCAGAGCCGCCAACACAUCAAUGGACCUACUGGCAACAGUGGUAAUGAUAAGGGGAAGCAGCCGCGAGAUCCGCCAACAGAUACUUGGUACCCAAUUAAAGCUGAUAUUUCGCGGUUGCAACGUAUCAAACAUGACUUAUAUCGGAGACACCGAUGGAUGACCUUAAUCUUUUCCGGAAUAGCUUGGUUCUUUCUUUGGCUGGUAAGUGCUGCUAUCUUUGGUCGCUCCGAGAGAAGACAGGAUUGGAGUUAUUUCGCAUCUCUUUAUUUUACAUUCACAUCUCUGACCACGAUCGGCUAUGGUGAUCUAUACCCAACCAGCAAUUUUGGAAAAGCAUUCUUUGUGUUUUGGUCUCUCCUUGCUAUUCCUGUGCUGACUAACCUUGUUGCUGCUAUGGCACAAUCGGGUUUUGAGGAGUUCACUUGUUUGCUACCCUAUAUAUGGAGACUCAAAAGCUCCAGACUCCCGCAUCAGCAUGCACAAAGCAGGAUGGAUCCCAGUGCUCCCGGUGAGCGGGAGAAAGGGAAUUCAUUGUCAGGUCCACAUGGUAGCAGUCAUGUCUCCGGGCCCGCAGAGGCCAGGCAAACAUAUAGCAGUGGACCAAGCGGUAGUGCAACCUGUAAGGAAAGGGAGUCAUGUGAACCACUUAUACAAGCCGCUCAACGCUCCCUUUCUCUCGGCGAAGAAGCAAGCAAGCUCAUCGCAGUUCUACAAAGCCCCUCUACUACCCACCUGGAUCUUUCCAGUGAGUGGGCUACGAUUCUCGCACUGCUCCAUCCUGAAAGCAAGGAGGAUAAUGUGUUGGAUGCCACGCCUAUUACCAGUCCGUAUCGACAUACGACCUUGGCUGAACUGCUAGACUCCAACAUGUCGGCCACGGAAAGAAGCAAGGAAAUCCUAUGGAUGCUCGGGUAUUUAGUGAACAUGAUUUGUUCAGAUCUACGGGAGGGUUUGCAGGGACAACAGAUUGAUUCGCCGCACCCUUAA